GCCAGAGCGUUGCCAUUUUCAAAACGGCAGCGGCACGAAACCAGGGAAACAGCGAACGCCGAGGAAAGGUGACACGGAGGAGCCAAGAAGCGAUCCCUUGUGGUCCACAAUGUUAGACUCGGUCCAGAUUCGAAGAAGGGGAGCUCUGGAUUUCAAGUCCUACUAUGACUAUGCUUGUGCUUUGCAAGAUACGCUCCCAGUUGCAGCGGUCAAAGCCACUGUCAACCAGGGUGUGCUGGACUUCAGUGGAGAUCGACUCAAACUGGCAGACUGGACGCCAAUACUACAUGCCUUGGCCAUUAACAAACAUCUGCACCAUGUGGCAAUUAGAAGUUCCUAUCAGCCUGCUUUCGGAGAACCAGACCGGCACAAAUUAUCCUUUAGGAAGCGGAUCCCAGCCUUUCGUUCAAAGGACAUGACAUUCCAGCUGUGCAAGGCCAUUCGAGAGUGCCUCAGCAUCUCGCCGAGUCUCCGAACUCUCCAGCUUUAUGGACUGCCUCUGAGGCCUCGAGAUCUAAUUAUUCUUACUAAGGGUUUAGCAAAAAGUGAAUCUUUAGAACACCUUUCACUGGCCUACUGCCCUAUAGCUGAUGAGGGAUUGGAAACAAUCUGCCAAAGUGUGAAAUACUCUACCUCGAUCAAGACGGUGGAUUUUACGGGUUGCAACCUAACGUGGCGUGGGGCAGAACACAUGGCUAACAUCAUCAAGCACCAGGCCAUGCGGAGACACAGCGUGGCAUGGGCCGAGAGUCUGCGGUACAGAAAACCACAACUGGAGAGCAUGAGUGGCCUUCGCAGGAUCACUUUGAGCUGCAACAUGCUGAUUGGAGACCGAGGAGCUGCUGUCCUUGCCCAGGAGCUGGCGGAGGACCUGUGGGUCAAAGCAUUAGACAUUCAGAAAUGUGGCCUUUCCAAUGUGGGGGCUAAGGCUCUACUAGAGGCUCUGGAGUCCAACACCACCAUUACUGUUUUAGACAUCAGAAAGAACCCUCUUGUAGACAACUCCCUCAUAAAGGCAGUGAUUGAAAAAGUUCUCCUGAACACAGAUGAAAACAGUUCUCAGUACUCCUGGAUCAUGUUGCCGUCAUCAAAAGAUGCCCAGAAAUCCUCAAGAGAGAGGCCGACCAGAAUUUCUCCAAAUGUAGGGCGAGGGAAACCAACCUUCAAAAUAGGGUCUCGGAGGACAUCUCUGAGUGGCAGAUGGAGUCCUUGCGUCACUCAGUCAUUGCACCCAGGCCCCACAAGGCACAUUCCUUGGCGCACAGCAGCACGUGCUGGCAGGCAAAGGGGUAUUCCUCAGGCUGCUGGCACUGCAGAACCUUCCUUUCAGGGAGCCAGCUGUGUAAAAAUUACUGUAGAAACAGAGUCUGAAUCAGAAGAAGCCGAGAGUCCCAGACAGACCCCUGUGUUGGCGCCCCAGGAGAAGAUCACCGUACACCAGUACAAACGAUUGCAGGUGGAGCUGGAGGAGUACCGAUUGAGACUGGCAGAAGAGCGAAAGGCAAGACUGACAGCUGACGCCUGCCUGGUUGAGUUGGAGCUGGAGAACAAGCGACUGAGGAACAUAAACAUGUCUUUGACGGAGGCAAUGCAAACCCAGCACAGCACUUCUAGUGCCCUGGAGGAUGACGCUGUGCUGGAGUGCAUUGAGGCAUCCUUCAGAAAGUUCCAUGCCUUCUUGGAUCUCCUGAAAGAUGCUGGGCUUGGUGAACUUGCUUCCAUAGCUGGGGUUGACCAGGCAGACUUUGGAACACUAACCAGACCACAGCUCACCUCCACGCUGGGUAGAGGUAGUGCUGAGGAGGUGGAUGAAUUGGCAGGAUAUGCAUCAUCAGCUAGAAAUGGGCUUCAGGCUCCAUCAGGAAACCGGCCAAACGGCUCCAUUGUCCACAGUGAUGGACUUCCAGAGGAAUACUCUGCUGGGCAGGUCAUCACCUCAAGAAGCUGUUGGCCAGCAUCUGUAGCAGAAGAGUUUGUUCAGCAGAGAGGUCCAUCUCCUCUCUGCACAGCAGCACAUUUGGCAUCAGGCUCCAAAGAUGAAUCCUGUGGCAAAGGCUCUCAUGGGAGCAAUUCCCACGAUAAUGGUUCCCUUGAGGAAACCUCCAGGAGGUCCAGGGAGAGAAGUGAAUCCUUAGGUUCCAGAGGAGAACAGCGCAGGUCUCAGCUGUCUGGUUCCGAGGAAAAGCCAUUGUCUGCAUCAGAGGUGUUGGAACAGAUCUGUUCCUUAAGAAAGCAGGACAGUGUGGGUUCUGAUGAACAUUUUUUGAUGAUGUAGCGAUCUAUCAGGCUAUGAAGGAAAUGCUGUAGUUUUUUUCUUGGCAGGAUUGUGGUUUUUUUUUUUUUUUUUUUUUAACAUACAUAUGGCGGAUAUUGUAUAAAUGUGUGAAACACAACGUUUUGAAACAAUUCCAUGUACUAUGGCUCCUCCAAUUCAGCUCUCACCUUUUGCAAUGGAUGCUCCAUUUCAUUCCAGCUCAGCUCCUAAUUAUUCAACCUUGUUUGGGAUUUUGAUUAAAUGCCUUGCAGGGUUCAAGUCCUGUCUGCCUUUUUUUAAAUUAUUAAAAAUCAUAGGAUUUGUGUUAACUGCAUAAUAACUGAAACCCUAUGGUGCAAGUAAAAAUACCUUUUUAAAAAUUUAUCCAGAAAAUGUUUGAGCAAGGUUACUGAAUUCAUUGCUCUUGAAGGGCAUGUAGAUUAAUAUUCUUUUUGGUUUUUGUGUUACAAAAUUGAAACAUUCAGAUUUAAAGCUUUCAGUUAAAUUGGAAAUUCUGCUUUGGGUUCUAUGGCAGUAAAAAAACAAAAACUGAAACACGUAAUAUGCAGUAGUGAUAAGAAUCUUGCAUCCUUGUCAACGUUCAGGAAGGUUGGAAGAAGAGCCAUUUCGGAGCAGUCGCACCCUCUUCUCUCCUUGUCAUAUCACGGACUGAAAUUAUCAACAGACAGUGCUUUCUGUGAUCCACAUUCUCUCUGUGACAUACUGCGAGCUCCAUGG